AUGGAGCAUUCUGAUUCCGACGCGCCGACCUUCCAAAUCGGAGAGCUGAUGCCGAGGCUCCGCAAGCUGACCCUUCGCCAGAGACUCGGGCAUUACGACCCCAGUCCAAUUGUGCUGAGCUUCGCUUCUCUAACUCUCUUGGAGAGCUUGACCCUUACUGAGCGUUACCAAAGGCACGAGGAUUUUGCUUCUUACGACCUACCGGACGACAUUGGAUGCCUGCUUGCGCUGAAGGCCCUCGUGCUGCACAGGCUGCCCCUCUUGUCCCUCCCGGACUCCCUCUGCCAUCUGCCGUCCCUCGAGACGGUCGUCCUCAUCGAAUGCACCACCUACCCGCACUUCAAGCUGUACGAAGAUUUCUGCAGCCUCACGUCACUCCAAACCCUCGCCAUUGUGAAGAUGCCUUGGACGAGGCUUCCGGAGAACAUUGGAGAGCUUCCAAGGCUGCACACGCUGUAUCUGAAUGGUCAGACCCAGCAGCCGCGACUACCACUCUCCUUCACCCAGUUGACUUCAUUGACCAGACUUGAAUUGGCCAUGUGCACGAUUCAAGAGCUUCCCGAGGACUUGGGGAACCUGACCAACCUGCAGGAGUUGCACAUUCGUUCCUGCCCCCGGAUUCAGCAGCUUCCAGAGUCCCUCACAAGCCUCUCACGCCUUGAAGCACUAACAGUUGAUGACUGCUUGAAGCUCGUCUCGGUGCCUGGGAGGCUAAACAGCCUUGGGAAGCUCAAAUGGCUGGAGCUGACUGGAUGCCCCGAGCAGACUGAGCCUCCUACGUCUCUGCCGCUCUCCCUUGAGGUCUUGAGUCUUGGAAACAGCUACCACGUGGUUGAUCUGCCGGACGUCUCCGUGCUUCCUUGGCUGAGAAAGCUCUCCUUGAAGCUGGUUGGUGCGCAGGAGAGGAUGGCUGUGGGCAGCAGCUUGGCGCGCGUGAAGCAGCUGGAGUUGUCGCUGCAGGAGGAGGCUGUGGAGCUGCCCUUGUCCCUUGCGCUGCUGCCCCAGCUGCACACGCUGGUUAUCUGGAAGGCAGGGAAGAUGCAGCGGCUUCCAAGCGACAUGGCGUGGGCUGUGCCGCAGCUGAGGGCUCUGCAGGUCCACUGUGCGCGGGAAUUGAGGGAGCUGCCGGACAGCAUUGGCGCUGCAUCCCGCCUGCGCCAGCUGCACCUCUUUGACUGCCCCGCCCUGCACCACCUGCCCGCUUCCCUCACCUGCCUCUCAUGCCUCCACCAGCUGCAUGUGGAAAAGACAGGCCUGCGCUGCCUUCCUUCAGGGUUUGCGCACUUGACCAGGCUGCGCAGUCUUAGUGUGCGUGGUUGUGCGCGGCUGGAGGGUCUGCCAGAGGAUCUCACGGAGCUGAAGAUGCUGCGGUCAUUGAGUAUUGGAAACUGCAACAAGCGUGUUUGCCCUCGGUGGAACAAAGCUUUGGAACCUCGUGGGCUCGAAGAUAUGUAUGGAUUGAAAAUAGACCGUAAUUAA